AUGACUUGGAUCGUUCGUGGCUCAACCUCUACCUUCCAGCUUGGCUCCGAAAAGGAGGAAGAUGACUCUGAGGAGUACGACGACCGCUCUGAGGAUGGCUAUAGUACCGAUGAUGGCUGUAGUACCGAUGAUGACAAUAGCACCGAGGAUGGAAAUAGCACCGAGGACGGCAAUAGCAUCGAAGAUGGCGAGGAGGGCGAUGAUGUUACAAAGGCUGAGAAAUGGUGCGAGAAGGCACUGGGACCAAGCCGGAUGCGUGAACAAGAUGUUUGGGUACAGCGGCUAGCCGAAUCGUAA